UGUCGCCCACGACCCCGUCCUACCAGCGAGUUUGUGAAGAGGGAGGGCGGGCCCUGCGGGCGGAGGCCACGCCGGCGGCCACCGCUGUCGGCGGGAGGCUCUUGCGGUCAGGCUCCGCUGUCUCGCUCACGCCCUUCUUUUCCCCCGCGUGUCGCCGCUUGGCUUCCGAAGGCCGGGGCGCCGCUUCCGGAAGUGAGCGCUCCGUGCCGGCGCGGUUGUCCUCCACGGUGGCGGCCACUGCAUCUCGUCCCACCUCCGCCGCGGCCCUAGGCGCCGUGGUGUCGACGGGCCCCGAGCCCAUGACGGGCCAGGGCCAGUCGGCGGCCGGCUCGUCGGCGUGGGGCGCGGUGUUCCGCCACGUCCGCUUCGAGAACCUGGUGGCCGGCGUGAGCGGCGGCGUCUUGUCCAACCUCGCGCUGCACCCGCUCGACCUCGUGAAGAUCCGCUUCGCCGUGAGUGAUGGACUGGAAGUAAGACCAAAAUAUAAAGGAAUUUUACAUUGCUUGACUACCAUUUGGAAAGUUGAUGGACUACGGGGACUUUAUCAAGGAGUAACCCCAAAUGUAUGGGGUGCAGGUUUAUCCUGGGGACUCUACUUUUUCUUUUACAAUGCCAUCAAGUCAUAUAAGACAGAAGGCAGAGCUGAACAGUUACAGCCAACAGAAUACCUUGUGUCAGCUGCUGAAGCUGGAGCCAUGACCUUGUGCAUUACAAACCCAUUAUGGGUGACAAAAACUCGCCUUAUGUUACAGUAUGGCGGUGUUGCUAGGCUACCACACCAACAGUAUAAAGGAAUGUUCAAUACACUUGUGAAAAUAUAUAAGUAUGAAGGUCUACGUGGAUUAUACAAGGGAUUUGUUCCUGGGCUGUUUGGCACAUCUCAUGGUGCCCUUCAGUUUAUGGCUUAUGAAUUGCUGAAGGUGAAGUACAACCAGCAUAUCAGCAGAUUACCUGAUGCUCAGCUGAGCACACCUGAAUAUAUCUCUGUUGCAGCACUAUCCAAAAUAUUUGCUGUAGCAGCAACAUACCCCUAUCAAGUUGUGAGAGCCCGUCUCCAGGAUCAGCACGUUAUUUACAGUGGUGUAACGGAUGUGAUCUCAAAGACAUGGAGGAAAGAAGGCAUCAGUGGAUUUUAUAAAGGAAUUGCCCCCAAUCUGAUUAGAGUGACUCCAGCCUGCUGUAUUACUUUUGUGGUAUAUGAAAACGUCUCACAUUUUUUACUCAACCUUAGAGAAAAGAAAGUAAGCUAAAAGAAGAUAAGUCCAGUGUAUCUGCCCAAGGCAGCAAGAAGUUCUUUGUGUCUGAGACCCAAAACUCAGAAUACUGCACAGCAAUGUGGUUCAUAAUCAAAAUUUGUCUUUCAUCAUCAGAAGUCAAUGAACUGCUAAGUCAUUGCAACGUUUCAUUUGGGCUUCUUCAUAUAUGAGAGCUUGCUUAUCUCUGCCUAUAAUAGCUACUGUCGACAUUUUGUUAAAACUGAGAGCAAGUAAAUAGAUGUGAUGUUGUUCAUGUUCUGAA